UCACCAACGUGAUUGACGGGAUCCAGCUCAGUGCAACCCAAAGGUUGGACCUUAUGGCGAAAUGGCUGGGGAAAGAAUCACGCGACCAGGUGAGACGCAUGCGUUCAGUGUACAUCAACAAACCUGAGCUAGCCUUAAGCGAAGCGUGGGAGAGACUUUGGGAGAGAUAUGGGGCCCCCGACAUUAUUGAAGCGGCACUAUAUCGACGUCUGGAAAACUUUCCUAAGGUGUCAGCCAAAGAUCACUUUAAGUUAAGAGAAUUCGGAGAUUUACUCAUGGAGAUCCAAGGCGCCAAAGAAGAUGGCUAUUCAGCUGGUCUAGUAUUCCUAGAUACUCCAUCCGGGAUUAGACCAAUUGUGGACAAACUUCCAUUUGGGCUGCAGGACAAGUGGCUGACUGUUGCCUCAGAGUACAAGGAAGACCACGAUGGUCGAUUUCCUCCCUUUAAGCACCUCACUAGGUUUGUGUGCAAGGAGGCGAAGAGGCGAAACGACCCUAGCCUUGUAGGUCCAGGAAGCAGUUCGAUUUACACCAAGCCAGGCAGAUCCGUUUCGAAUGUUUUCAACAUUGAUAAACCCGUGUCAGUGCUCAAGACCGAAGCCCUUACAACUAACAACGACCCUGGCAAGUAUUGUCCAUUGCAUAACAAACCUCACCCCCUGAAAGCAUGCAGAAUGUUUAGGGAAAAACCCCUUGAAGAGAGGACGGCUCUUCUCAAGGAGAAAAGAAUAUGUUUUAGAUGCUGUUCCUCAACCUCUCACCUCGCCAGAGAGUGUACGAUCGCCGUGAAGUGUCCGGAAUGUGGCAGCCCAGAUCACGUCGAGGCCAUGCAUCCCGACCUGUCACCACAAACCGAGAGCGCUCCUUCACCCCCACAACAGGACGGCGGGGAGGGAGAGGCUCACUCUAGGUCAAUAGCUGUCAGCACGAACUGUACAGAAGUUUGCGGUCAAGCUCAGUCAAGUCGUUCUUGUUCCAAGAUCUGCCUCACUAAGGUGUACCCUAAAGGAGCCAAAGACAAGGCCAUCAAAGCCUAUGUGAUUCUGGAUGAUCAGAGCAAUCGUUCACUAGUCAGUCCAGAGUUCUUUAAAUUGUUCAACAUUGAGAGUGAGCGGUUCCCAUACUACCUCAAAACUUGCUCAGGCAACAUGGAAACCCAAGGAAGGAAGGCAGAAGGCAUCCAGAUCGAGUCCCUGGAUGGUAAAGUCGUCAUCUGUCUCCCUCCGCUCUUAGAGUGCAAUGAAAUCAUGAAUAACCGCGCUGGGAUCCCGACACCAAGUGCGGUGCUACACCAGCCGCAUCUCCACCACAUCGCCAAACACAUCCCAGAACUGGAUCCGAAAGCGGAAAUACUCCUGCUAUUAGGAAGAGAUGUUAUCCAGGUACACAAGGUUAGGCAGCAGAUCAAUGGACCACUCAACGCCCCCUUCGCGCAACGUCUGGAUCUGGGCUGGGUGGUGAUAGGAGAGGUGCGUCUCGGUGACGUACACAAACCGAUGGUUAACACACUCAAGACCAAUGUGCUAGAGAGUGGCCGCCAUUCAAUCUUUCAACCCUGCCCGAGUGUCCCGUGCAUCAAGGAAGCACAACAAGGCGUUAACAAGCGCGAGGCAAGCGACGAGUCGCUGGGCCAGUCAGUCUUCGCUCUAACGAAGUAUGACAACAAACUUGCACAAUCAGCUCAAGAUACCAUUUCUUUAAAAAUCAAAGACACCAAGGUCUUCAGAGAUGAAGCAAAUAAUGGGGUUGCCCCAUUGCCAAUCAGAGAACCACGCCAGCGCUCACCAGAUAACAAAGAGCAGGCAGUCAAACGGUUCACGUCCUUACGGAAAACCUGGAAAAGGAAACCUGAGAUACAGCAACGCACCCGAUUGGCCCACGAGGUACUGUGCACCCUAAUGGCAGAGGUCACAGCCAUUAUAAACGCACAAUCAUUCCUACCUGUGUCUUCUGACCCAGAAAACCCCUUUAUACUUUCGCCAUCAACGCUCCUUACGCAGAAGGCAGGAGCACCUCCUCCACCAGGAGACUUCUCAGACAAGGAUUUGUACACAAAGCAAUGGAGACAAGUCCAGGCUCUGGCAAAUCAGUUCUGGUCCCGCUGGAGACAGAAAUAUCUACCCUCGUUGCAACAGAGACGAAAGUGGACAGAACCCCGCAGGAAUCUUCAAGUUGGAGACUUAGUCCUGCUCAGGGACAAGCAAGUCGCUCGCAACAGCUGGCCAACGGCCAGAAUCACUGCUACAUUCCCUAUCGGGGAUGGACAUGUCAGGAAGAUCGAAUUGAAGACUACCGACCAAGGCGAUGUGAAAAUUUACCAAGGGCCAGUUACAGAAGUUAUUCUACUUCUACCCAAUGACUGAUUAAGAGACUAAGUUUUGUACUCUGCUCAUUGUGACCUUACGAAGGUCAAGCGGGGAGUGUGCUGUCUUUACGACAGUUAUUUAGUUUAUAAUAUUUUCGCUUAGUGAUUCAUUCAAUAGUAUUUUCUAGUUAGAAUUAGAAGUGUUUAAAGUAUAUUCAUUGCAUGUAAAAUAUAUCGGCAUGCGAUGACGUCACAUCCGGUUUCGCCGCGUCUUGUGGGAAAACACCGGUUUGAAAUUAGCGCGAGGGUGGGGGCUUUCCACGAGGCUCACCUGAGCACAAGCAGUUUUGCAGGCAUGAGAAAUCACAGUGAGAGCAACGCUUUUUCACCAUAUGUUAAUGUGAAGAGUGAACAGUAAAUGGUUAAUCUUACUGCGAUCUGGUUUGCAUUGGCUGUGGUUUAUCCGGACGUUAAAUUCGGCGUUUCGUUACACCCGAAGGAGAACGUUACAUA